UGUGUUUCUUCCUCUCACUGUCAGCCAUAGCAGCCCUCUCCUUCCAGAAAGAAAACGGAAACAAGAUUCCAAUCAUAUCGUUUCAAUAAAUGACGGCGGUUUCAGUUCCAUCGAUAACAUUUAUGCCAUUUCCCAACUCAGAUUUUUGCACAAAGAAUCCAUCAAAAGACCCCAAAGGUCCAGCUCACCCAAUUUAUCUUCUACCCAAAUGCAAUUCUCUGAAAGAGGUGAUGCAAAUUCAAGCCUAUUCAAUCAAAGCCCGCUCCCAAGAUGACAUUUUUAUCAUCAACAAGCUCAUAAGUUCCUGCACAGUUAGCCCCACGCCGGCCUCCAUGCAUCAUGCCCAACUCCUGUUCGACAGAAUGCCUCACCCAGAUAUAGUUCUCUUCAACUACAUGGCCCGUGGCUAUUCCCGCAGUGAUACCCCAUUACAGGCGCUAGUGCUGUUCUCAAGAAUCAUAAGUUCUGGGAUUGUCCCGGAUUUGUACACCUUCCCUUCCCUACUUAAGGCAUGUGCGAAUGCCGAAGCUUUGGUAGCAGGGAAGCAAUUGCAUUGCCUAGUGGUAAAAUAUGGGCUCAACUACGAUAUGUAUGUUUGCCCUGCACUAAUGAAUAUGUACAUUGAGUGUGGCAAUGUUGAUUCAGCCCGUUGUAUAUUUGAUAGGAUACUAGAACCCUGUGUGGUGACAUAUAAUGCGAUGAUAUUGGGUUAUGUAAGAAGUAGUGAACCAACUCAGGCUUUGUUGUUGUUUCGCGAAUUGCAGGAGAAGGAAAUUGAGCCUACUGAGGUUACCAUUCUUGGUGUUCUUUCUUCUUGUGCUUUACUUGGAGCACUGGAAUUUGGUAAGUGGAUACACGAGUAUGUGAAGAAGAACGGUUUUGAUCAAUCUGUGAAGGUGAACACUUCACUUAUUGAUAUGUAUACAAAAUGUGGGAGUUUGGAGGAUGCGGUUUCUGUUUUCAGGAGCAUGGAUUAUAGGGACACUCAAGCAUGGUCAACAAUGAUAAUGGGUUAUGCUAUUCAUGGCCAGGUUCACAAUGCAAUAUCCAUGUUUGGAGAGAUGCAAGAGGCUCGAGUUCAACCUGAUGGACUUACGUUUUUGGCUCUAUUAUAUGCCUGCAACCAUGCUGGAAAGGUUGAAGAGGGUUUCAGAUUCUUCAAUGUCAUGAAAGAGAAGUGCAGGAUUGUUCCAGGAAUCAAGCACUACGGAUGCAUGUUGGAUUUACUAGGUCGAGCUGGAUGCUUAAAUGAUGCUUUCGAGUUUCUAAAAGAAUUGCCAAUCAAGCCCACGCCUUUGCUUUGGAGGACAUUGCUAGCUGCUUGCAACAGUCAUGGUAAUGUGAAACUGGGGAAGCUAGUACUCGAGCGAAUCUUUGAAAUGGAUGAUUCUCAAAGUGGAGACUACGUGAUCUUUGCUAACAUGUGUGCUCGAGCAGGGGAAUGGGAAGACGCGAUUCAUAUCAGAAAAUUGAUGAAAGAAAAAGGGGUGAGAAAGGUGCCUGGUUGUAGUUCAAUUGAAGUGAACAAUGUGGUGUAUGAAUUCUUUUCGGGAGAUGGGUCACAAAUAGGUUAUAAAGGGCUUCACCGAGCAGUCGACAAGUUAAUGGUGAAACUGAAGGAGGUUGGAUAUACUCCAGACACUUCCCUAGUAUUUCAUCAUGCCAUGGAAGAUGAUGAGAAAGAAGCUACCCUGAGGUACCACAGUGAAAAAUUGGCUGUAACUUUUGGACUCCUUAACACUCCUCCAGGAAAAACAAUCCGAGUCGUUAAAAACCUUAGAAUUUGUAGGGAUUGCCAUUCAGCUGUUAAGCUCAUAUCCCUGCUCUCUGAAAGGCAUAUUAUUGUGAGAGAUGUGCAGAGGUUUCAUCAUUUUAGAGAUGGGAAAUGUUCUUGUGGGGAUUACUGGUAAUAAUUUGAUCCAAGAAAGGCAUUAUAUUCCAACAUUGUCUUGUGCAGUUUCUCCUUGCUUAUCAAAAGUGGCCAGGAUCAUAUUGUGACACUAAGGAUAGCAGCUGUUGCUAUCCUACUACAGGGAAGCCAGCCUCAGAUUUUGGCAUCCAUGG